CACGCGCCACCAUCACGGGGUCGGUUUAUGACGUAGCUCCUCCAGGAGUUCACUUUUAACGGCUCGAGUUUAACGGCCAACGGUCCGAUUUUAAACGUUGUCUUUCCGGCUCAGCUCGUCUCUUUGGCUGUGCUUUGCGGUAGUGACUCCGUAUUUGAAUAACUGAAUAAAAACGAGGAAACGGGUUUAGUCAAAUCACCUGCUGGCCUCUUUCUUUCCUGGCCGUGUUGGAGGGUGAACACACCUGAAGAAAGUGAUGUUGAUUAGCGGAGAGAUGAAGGUGACGUUCUCCAUUUUCCCACCGAGAGACAACGAUGUUGAAGCUCUUCACCGGAUAAUGACCUGGAUGCACUGAAGUCCCAUGGCAGUUUGAAAUUACCACCUGAAAUGUCUCAGCAGGUGGUUUCAUCUCUGAACUUUGGGUCUGAACACAUGAAACCAGCUUUAAACCUGGUUCUGUGUGGGAGGAGAGGAGCAGGGAAGACUUCAGCAGCCGAGGCCAUUUUAGGUCAGACAGAGCUUCAUUCAGUCUCCAGCUCAUCACAGUGUGUUAAACAUCAGGGAGAGGUGAGAGGGCGUCAGGUUUCCCUGGUGGAGCGUCCUGCCUUGUAUGGAAAACCUCAGGAGGAAGUGAUGGAGGAAUCACUCAGGUGUAUCUCCCUCUGUGAUCCUGAGGGCGUCCAUGCCUUCAUCCUGGUCCUACCUGUGGGUCCCCUCACUGAUGAUGACAAGAAAGAGUUAGAGACCAUCCAGAACACAUUCAGCUCUCGAAUCAAUGACUUCACCAUGAUUCUGUUCACUGUGGAGUCAGAUCCUGCAGCUCCAGCUGUUGUUGACUUUAUAAGAAAGAACAGAGACAUCCAGGAGCUGCUUCAGAGCUGUGGAGGAAGAUCUGUUGUUGUCAACGUCAAGAAGAAACAUCAGAUCUCUGAAGUGUUGGAGGCUGUGGACAAGAUGAGAGCUGAAGAAUCCAGGUGCUUCACAAAGGACAUAUUCACCAAGGCUCAGAUGGAGAAGGUUUCACAACUCAAAGCUGAGCUUCAGGGUGUCAGACAGAGGAGUGGGAUGGGAGGUGAUGAUGAGAGGCAGAGCAGAGAGCCUCUCAGGAUGGUGCUGAUUGGGAAGACUGGCAGUGGGAAGAGUGCAACAGCAAACACCAUUUUGGGCAAAAAGCAGUUCAAACCCAGAAUCGCCCCAAAACCAGCAACCACGUCUUGUGAAACAGCAACUGGAGAGAUUGAUGGACGGCCUGUUGUUGUGGUCAACACUCCCGGCCUGUUUGAUACAACUCUCUCUGAUGAUCAAAUGAAACAGGAGCUUCAGAGAUGCUUCGGCAUGUUGGCUCCUGGACCUCAUGUGUUCUUACUGGUUCUGCAGAUUGGGAGUUUUACACCGGAGGAGAAAGACUCUGUGGAACUGAUCAAAAGGGUUUUUGGCCAAAAGUCUGGAGAUUUCAUCAUCAUUAUAUUCACCAGAGGAGAAGCCCUGGACGAUCAACCAUUUGAGAGUUACAUUGAAAAUUGCGAUGGCUUUGUCAAACAAUUAAUAAACGACUGUGGAGGAAGAUAUCAGGUCUUUAAUAACAAAGAUGAAACAAACCGCACACAAGUCCCUGAGCUGCUGACCAAGAUCCAGAACAUGGUGACGCAAAAUGGUGGCAGCUGCUUCACUGCUGAGAUGUUCCAACUGGCAAAGGAAGCAAUUCAAAGGGAAGUGGAGCAAAUUAUGAAACAGAAGCAGAAUAACAUCGAAAGAAAAGAUGAAGAAAUGCAAGACAUGAAAAGAAGAUUAGAAACACUAAUAUCUGAAAUGGAGAAAGCCAAGCAACACAGAGAACAAAGUCAACCUAAACUAAAUGAAGAAAUAAGAAAACUGAGAGAAGAACUGAAAAGCAUGAAGCAUAAACAAGCUGAAAAAUCAUGCAACAUCCAAUGAUUAGAAGACAGAACAUGAGCAAGAAAUUCUUGUACUCACACUGUCAGUGCUGUAUGCUGUAUGUAUAUACUGUAUUUUUAAUGACUGCUGGAUAAAGGCUACAAACAAUUUUCCACCAAGGUGGUGUAGCAAUCAGAGGCAGACUCUUGUACUUGAUGAUGAAUGGACAAACUCUAAUGGCAUCUUUUUCUAAUCUCUUCAGAUUUGCCCUGGAUAGCACUGGUCACCAAAAUGAAUAAUAAUCAAUAUCUAUCACUCCUAAAGGCAGUGGAGGGUAAAACAUGAUGCAAGGCUUAUUCUACAAAACAGUGCAGCGCGAAAGCCGCAGUUAUUAUGUGGACACAUGUUGGUCCACACUGGAAAACUGUCAAGAUCACAGCAGGUCUUCACCAACACUGCCUGGAAGAGCCUUGAGUUCACAUGAAUUGGACACCACCACAAAUUACAGUCUUCAAGAUGACCACUGAGCUGAGUGAACAACCUGAAACAGUGUCACAAAAUAAUAUACAAUAACAAUAUAUUGUUUCACAAAGCUCAAGUGUGUUUGCCAACUGUUGGUCUGCAUUAUAUUUUAUGAGUGUUCUUAAUCACAAUCACCAUAUUUCAGUUAAUGGUUAAAUUGAGGAGAAAUCCACCAAGAUCCACUGCACAUCUCUUAUUUAUUUACACCCGUUGUGUCCAGUAAGUGGAACUCUGUCAACAACCACUGAGAUGAAGUCUGUUUACAGUUUAUACUGCAGACCUUUUUAUAAUUUACCGUUUUGCCCUCUCGCUUUCUCUAAUGUUAGUGCUAUCAUUCGAAACAUGAAACAGUGUGAAAUACUUUAAGGUAGUUUAGGAUGAAUUUAAUAUUGCAUAAUGCUACAGUUAUACCAGCUACUCUGUACAUUUAACAAGAGUAGUGUUUGGGAAUACCGCUUCCAUUUUUCUGACUUCCCUGACUCAGUGAUAAUAAGUGUUGAAAUUGUAAUGAUAGACAUGUUCUUUGCUUCAGCUGUAAAGUUGUAUAUGGAAUUGUAAAAAAUUAAAUUAUAGAGGGGAAACUACCACA